AUGGCGGUCCUCCCCGCCAGCGCCCCGCUGGCGCUGAAACUGUCGCUGGCCCGCUUCCGCCAGCGCAAGAUCCUGGUGCGACAGCCGUUGGCCAUCUAUAAGCAGAAGGAGCUCCUGGUGCAAAACGACAGCGAGCUCGAACACUCGCACAUCAACCACUUAUCGCUGGGGGCGACGCUGGAGAAAAACCGAGAUACUAUCGAGACCGGGGUCGACAAAAACGAAGAGGAUGAAGUGCAUUUGCAGCAGGUGAUCCACGCCGCCCAGCGCGCCCUUCUACUGAACGCUCAGGAGAAUACGGUAUACAUCCCUACCCCCGACGCUCUGAAGAUAUGGCCAGAAGCGUCUAAGUACUACUCCGACCAGCACUACGUCGAGCCCGAAACCUACGUCAAGUACAGCGCCACCGUCGAGGACACGGUGGGGGUGAUGUACUGUAUGGACGAAGAGGACGAAAAGUUCCUUAAGCUGUUGGCGCCGCCGAAGCGCGGGGUGGCGGCGUGCUCUGAGCUCGAGUUUGAGACGGUGUGCGACCACCUUGAGCGGGCGAUCGAGCAGAAGCAGCCGUUCCUCCUGAUGGACCCGCUGAACAUCCUCCUGUACGAUGAGCUCAAACAGGCCAUUGUCAACCAGCAGGGGCUGGCCAACAUCAAGGAUAAGCUCUCCACCGAACUUAAAUACCGUCCCUUCAUCACCAUCUUCGACAAACACCACGACAACCCCAAGGCGAUGGAACACCCGCGCGCCAUCGGCGAGUUGCUCAAGCUCUACGGCCCCCAGAUCUACGAGUUCUGGAAAGAACGCAAGAUCAAGCGCGGCGGCAAGCUGAUCCACCCCAAGCUCAAGUUUGAGGACCCCCACGCCCCUGAGCGCGACAACGACAACGACCCUUACGUCUGCUUCCGCCGGCGGGAAUUUCGCCAGGCGCGGAAGACUCGUCGGGCCGACACCCUCGGUGCCGAACGCUUGCGCCAUAUGCAGCGGCUGUUACAGACGGCCCGGGAGCUUGUGCUUAGUGUCGCUAAACGGGAGAUCCUCAAGCUUGACUUAUAUAAGGCGGAGGCGACGGUGUUUAAUGACCGCGUAGCCGCUAAGCAAGCGAAGCGGGCGGCUAACGUCACCGGCGACGAACACUUGUUCUACCCUGCCAAACGGCCCAAGAUCGUUGUUAAGGUCGAGGACGAAGAACGCGAAAGCCGCCGUCGCCGCGACGCCAAAGCCGCCAACGGACUGGCAUCGGGACAGGCGAACUCGCUGGCCCUGGCGCUGGUCAAGCAAGAGCGUCCGGCACCGCCAGCGCUGUCGCUGACGUCACAGCCAUACGUCAAGCUCCCCCCGGCCAAGAUCCCCGAUAUGGAUCUUGUAUCGGUGCUGCGGGUACUUCGCGAAAAGCACGACACCAUCGAGCGGGCGGUGGCGGAAAAGCUCCGCAAACGCCGCGAACAGGACCGUGGCUACGUCAACUUGACCGACGACCCCCGCCAGCCGUACUUCACCGUCACCAGCCACCCCAAGCUUGCCGAGGAGGUGACCCACAUCCCUUACUCGCUGAUCGCGGCGGCGGCCUACCACGACAUCAACACCACCCACUAUGCUAACGACACGCUUAAGCGGAUGGUCGAUGAAGGGAAGAAGCCGUUGCCCGGGGUCAAGACGAUCAAGAACGGCGUGGUGGUGCCGACGCUGCCGUUCCCGCUCGAAGUCACGCCGCCGCUGGCGCCGGUGGUGGAACAGCUGUACAUCAGCCAGUUCUUGAACAACGUCGAGACCAACAACUUUGGCGCCUACCUGGUGGGCUACAGCGACCAGUGGCGCCAGCAGCAGCGCGCGGCCCCAGACAAGGAGCUGGCCCCGCCGGUGUCGGAGACGCCGUUUAUGCGGUUGCGUAAGCGGCAGGGGCGCAUGGGGACGUUUGUCGACCGCAGAGGCCAGGUGCCGUUUGCGGACGUGGACACGAUGAUGGCUGUCGCCCACGACGACGACGAUGACGAUGAUAAUGACGACGACGGCAAAAAUGUAUAUAACGCCGCUAACGUGGCCAAGCGGGCGGCGCUGCGGUGGCUCUUCGACACCGACAUGGCCGAGGACCAGCUCGGCGCCCUCCACCCGUUUGGCCUCGACCCGCUGCGGCUCAAUUGCAUCCUGGACGAUACUCAGCUGAUCCGCUUCGGGCUGAUGUUGUUGCUGAAGCUGUACGGGUUGUUGAACGAGCUGAUCCACCAGCGGCAACAGAUGUAUCUUCAACAGGCGCGGCUCCGGGCGUUGCAGCAAAACAAGCAGGCAAAGCCUAAGCAGUAG